AAUGUCGCAUGUAGUGCGAGUCAGGCAAUUGCUGUCCGCUUUUUCGCCGACGCAGCGGUUCUUUAGGACGUUUUCUGUGUCAGAAAGGAUAAUCACACCAAAAAGGAAUGUACCUACAAAUUUACUAAGAGUAACACGACUUGAGGUGGGCCGGAGAUGCACGAAUUCUAUUCGUAAUCUAAACCUGCGAACCGAUCAUUCUGGAAAUACUGAAAAUGAAAUGCGUUCCAUAUGUGCGCGCUUGGCGAUAGCGGGAGGGCUGACUUUCUGUCUCUCGGGUGACAAGGAUGGUAAUUCAUAUGUAUUCACAUCGGUAACAGUUGUUACAGAAGAAAGGCUAUUUAGGGCUGCGAAAAUUGGAAAUGUGUCCGAAUUAAAAAGCCUUGUGGAUAUGAAGAUAGAUGUGAACACUAAGCACAUAUUGGGGUGGACUCCACUGAUGGUGGCUGCAAUGAACAGGAAAUCAGACUGUGUUAAGUUGCUCUUGGAUGCUGGUGCAGACCCCAAUAUUGGUGAUGAAUACAGCAAUGUGUACCAGACCUCCAAUGAAAAGAAAAUAAAUUCUUUAGAAGUUUUGACUAAAAGAGAAGAUGAGUUCAGUAACAGGUUGAAUAACAAGGCCUCAUUCCGUGGUUGUACCAGCCUCCACUAUGCAGUUCUGGCUGAUGAUGAAAGAACUGUUGAACUACUACUGCAGGCUGGUGCUGACCCAACCGUAGAAAAUCAGAUGGGACACAGACCUAUAGAAUAUGCUAGGAAUACAAGAAUACAGUCUUUACUUAGGGAUGGAGAAAAACAGUAUGCAGUAAUAGUAAAAAAGAAAGAGUUGGAGCAGAGAAAACGCUACCCUCUUGAACAAAGGCUGAGAGAACAUUUAGUUGGACAAGAGGGUGCCAUUACUGCUGUUUCUGCAGCUAUAAGAAGGAAGGAGAAUGGUUGGUAUGAUGAGGAGCAUCCUUUGGUGUUGUUAUUCCUAGGAUCAUCAGGAAUAGGCAAGACAGAGCUGGCCAAACAGGUGGCACGCUAUCUUCACAAGGAUUACAGAAAGGGUUUUAUCAGGUUAGACAUGUCUGAGUAUCAACAAAAGCAUGAGGUUGCCAAAUUCAUUGGCUCUCCUCCAGGAUAUAUAGGCCAUGAUGAAGGGGGACAGUUGACCAAGAAGCUAAAGGAAUGUCCUAAUGCUGUGGUGUUGUUUGAUGAAGUGGACAAGGCUCAUCCAGAUAUACUCACCAUCAUGUUACAGCUCUUUGACGAGGGCCGACUGACAGAUGGGAAAGGCAAGACAGUGGAAUGUAAAGAUGCCAUCUUCAUCAUGACAUCCAACUUGGCCAGUGAUGAGAUAGGGGAACACGGCCAGGAGCUGAGGGAGAAGGCCAGGGAAUACACCAAGAAAAGAGAUGCAGGGAAGAUAGAUGAAUUAAAUGAAGGCCAAAUAACAAUCUCCAAAGAAUUCAAAGAGAGAGUUGUACAACCAAUACUAAAGAGACAUUUUGGUCGGGAUGAGUUCCUUGGCCGAAUCAAUGAGAUGGUGUAUUUCCUUCCUUUUUCAAGACAAGAGCUGAGUAAACUGGUGGUCUGGGAGCUGGAGUACUGGGCAGCUAAAGCAAAGAAGAACCAUGAUAUAGAACUGAGCUGGGACAGACAGGUAGUGGAUGUCUUGGCAGAUGGUUAUGAUGUCCACUAUGGGGCAAGGUCUAUUAAACAUGAGGUUGAGAAGAGAGUUGUGUCGCAGUUAGCUUUAGCACAUGAGCGGGAAUUGUUCCACAAAGGUGCUUCUUUAAAACUUGUAGUUAACAAUCCAAAGGACCAACUAGCUGACAAUACCGAGUCAGAAAAUACUAAACCUAGCAUCAAACUUCAAAUAAGAAGGGACAAAAAGAACUAUGUAGAUAUACCACUUGAAAAUCUAGGAAGCCAGUUCACAUAGGAGUGAUAGUCACAUGUGUUUACACUGGAGAAAUGUGGCGCUGUCCUAAUGCAAGCUUAGUGCUCUACUCUUUGUUGAAAGCUGUUAUACUGCGUCAAAAUACAAGUCGGAGGACAAAACAUUUGAAUAAGCUACCACAGCUUUAACUUUCCUGCCUGUAAAAUUGUGUAGAUACUGGGCUGUAUAAAACACCAAUAGCAACAUUUGCCAUGUGUGAACACACAGAAAGUAGAUGUAUUUAUUUGAGUAACACAGUGAAUAACAAGGGUUACCCUGAACUACAUCUAAUCACGGUUUCAGUGGCCACAAGAAUAUGCUGGUGUAGAGGAGUCUAAUCAUAAGAACACUAAUCCUGAGAAUUUGGGAAUUCUGAUUGUGUGACUUGCCAAAAACAGAUUUCUGUCUUAGGAGCAAGAGUGUAUGAACAAUUGUGUUUCUCCUCUUUCUUACUUUGAGGUUUUCUGGAAAAAAUUGUGAAGCACCCUGGGUUUCACUGUGAUUGGAAAUGGCAGGUGCAUGCUGAAAUGAAAUGAGUUUUCAGUAAACUGUGAAACUACGGGUGAUCUCAGUUGUAUCCAUGUCCAGUUCCCUUUGUUGGGGUUCAUUUGCCCCAUGUUAUAGAAGUCAUUUAUUCAAAAAAGAGAAAGUUUAGAUUUCAGCCUACACAAGCAAAUGGGUGUUACUAGAUUACUGUAUAAUAUAAUGUAAAUGUAAUAUAAUAUGAAUUCUAAAGUGCGCAGUGUGUUUUGAGUGGGCCGUUUUCAUUGAUCAUCAUGAUAAAUAAAUAUCGAUAUGGUGUUUUUAGAACA